CCGGCGGCCGCGCAGCUCACCGCACUGCUGCGCGCACGGGGCCGGGGCUCCGCGCAGCGGGGAGACCGCAGUGGCGGCCAGUGAAUGUCCAGCCACAGUGUCCCUGCCAUGUGCUGCUGCUGCUGCACAGGGGGAGCUUCCAGGACUUACUGAAGGAAGAUGGCUUUCUGGACACAGUUGGGAUUGCUGCUAUGGAAGAACUUCACGUACAGGAGAAGGCAGACAUUUCAGCUGCUGAUUGAAGUUGCUUGGCCUCUCUUUAUCUUCUUCAUAUUGAUCUCCGUACGCCUUUCAUAUCCACCCUAUGAACAACAUGAGUGUCACUUUCCAAACAAGGCAAUGCCUUCAGCGGGAACCUUGCCCUGGGUCCAAGGGAUUAUCUGUAAUGCCAACAACCCUUGCUUCCGCUACCCAACACCCGGGGAAUCCCCAGGUGUCGUCGGAAACUUCAACAGGUCUAUCAUUUCCCGCUUGUUCUCUGAUGCCAAGAGGUUACUUUUGUACAGCCAGCAGGACAGCAGCUUAAAGGAUGCUCAGAAACUCCUGGGAAAACUGCAGAAGCUUGGGAACUCUGGCUCAGGUUUGAAACUUCGGGAUUUCCUGGUCGACAACGAGACCUUCUCAGACUUUCUCCGUCAUAACAUUUCCAUGCCAUCGUUUGCUGCGGACGAGAUACUGAAUGCGGAGGUCAACCUCAAGCGGGUCAUCCUGUCUGGCUACAGAAUGGAGCUGAGAAAUCUGUGCAAUGUGUCAGAGCUGUCUGAAUUCGUUACAAUUCACAACCCAGUAGUCGCGGUGGUCAGCAAAGCUUUCCUUUGUACCAUGCCUAAGGAAAAACUCUACGCAGCAGAGCAAGCCUUUCGUGCUAAUAUAGACCUUUUGAAGCCUGUACUGAAAGGAAUCACGUCCAAUUCCUCCUUACAUGAUCUGUCAGGAGUCAUGGAGACCUUGGUGGAGAGUCUUGGGAAGCUCGUUAAAGAGCUGGUGAGCAUGAAGAGCUGGAGUGACAUGAGGCAGGAGGUGAUGUUUCUGACCAAUGUGAACUCCACAAGCUCCUCUACUCAGAUCUACCAGGCGGUGUCACGGAUUGUGUGUGGCCAUCCGGAGGGGGGAGGGUUGAAAAUCAAAUCUCUCAACUGGUAUGAGGACAACAACUACAAAGCCCUGUUUGGAGGCAACAGCACUGAGGAGGAUGCAGCUAAUUUCUAUGAUAAUUCUACAACACCCUACUGCAAUGAGCUGCUGAAGAGUCUUGAGUCCAGUCCGCUUUCCCGAAUUAUUUGGAGGGCUCUGAAGCCUUUGCUCAUUGGGAAGAUCCUGUACACUCCUGACACCCCAGUCACGAGGAGGGUCAUGACUGAGGUGAACAGGACUUUCCAGGAGCUGGGCGUGUUCCAGGACCUAGGAGGGAUGUGGGAGGAGAUAAGCCCGAAGAUUUGGACGUUCAUGGAAAGCAGCCAGGAAAUGGAUCUGAUUCGGACACUGCUGAAAAGCAAAGGCCUCUGGGACACUCACUUGAGCGGCUCAACGUGGAGGGUUCAAGAUGUUUCCUUGUUCUUGGCAAAGUCCCCAGAGGACAUUCAGCCAGUGAAUGGCUCCACAUACACUUGGAUGGAUGCCUUCAAUGAGACUGACCGGGCUGUCCAAACCAUCUCCCGCUUCAUGGAGUGUGUCAACCUGGACAAGCUGGAGCCUGUGGCCACAGAAGUGCAGCUCAUAAACAGGUCCAUGGAGCUCCUGGAGGAGAGGAAGUUCUGGGCUGGCAUUGUCUUCCCUGAAAUCACCUCAAACAGUGUAGAGCUGCCUCCUCACAUCAAGUACAAGAUACGGAUGGACAUAGACAAUGUGGAAAGGACAAACAAGAUUAAGGAUGGGUACUGGGAUCCCGGUCCUCGUGCCGACCCCUUUGAAGACAUGCGGUAUGUCUGGGGCGGCUUUGUGUACUUGCAGGAUGUUGUGGAGCAGGCGAUCAUCAGGGCACUGACAGGCACAGAGAAGAAGACUGGUGUCUAUGUGCAGCAGAUGCCCUAUCCCUGUUAUGUGGAUGAUAUAUUCCUGCGUGUCAUGGGCCGUUCCAUGCCCCUCUUCAUGACUCUGGCUUGGAUCUACUCGGUGGCCGUAAUAAUCAAGGGGAUUGUGUACGAGAAGGAAGCCCGGCUGAAGGAGACGAUGAGAAUCAUGGGCCUGGACAAUGGUAUCCUUUGGUUCAGCUGGUUCCUCAGCAGCCUCAUCCCCCUCCUCAUGAGUGCUGGGCUGCUGGUGCUGAUCCUGAAGAUGGGAAACCUGCUGCCCUAUAGCGACCCCAGCGUGGUGUUUGUAUUCCUCUCCGUCUUCGCCGUGGUGACCAUCUUGCAGUGCUUCCUCAUCAGCACCAUGUUCUCCAGGGCCAACUUGGCAACAGCCUGUGGGGGAAUCAUCUAUUUCAUCCUGUACCUUCCCUACGUGCUGUGCGUCGCCUGGCAGGACUAUGUGAGCGUCUCGCUGAAAAUGUUCGCGAGCCUGCUGUCCCCGGUCGCCUUUGGGUUUGGCUGUGAGUACUUUGCAUUGUUUGAGGAGCAGGGGGUUGGCGUGCAGUGGGACAACCUCUUUGAAAGCCCCCUGGAAGAAGAUGGCUUCAACCUCACCACAUCUGCUUUCAUGAUGUUGUUUGAUACCUUCCUCUACGGGGUUAUGACCUGGUACAUUGAGUCUGUCUUCCCAGGCCAGUACGGAAUUCCCAGGCCUUGGUACUUCCCCUUCACAAAGUCCUAUUGGUUUGGUGAGGAAUAUGAGGAGAGGCGGCAUGCUCGUUCUGAUCACAAAGGGCCAUCGGAGAACUGCAUGGAGGAGGAACCCAAUCAUCUUAGCCUGGGGGUCUCCAUUCAGAACCUGGUGAAGAUUUAUCGUGAUGGCAAGAAGGUUGCUGUGGAUGGGCUCACACUGAAUUUCUUUGAAGGGCAGAUCACAUCCUUUCUGGGACACAACGGAGCUGGGAAAACCACAACCAUGUCCAUCUUAACUGGCUUAUUUCCUCCGACCUCGGGCACAGCCUUCAUCCUGGGCAAAGAUAUCCGCUCUGAGCUCAGCACCAUCAGGCAGAACUUGGGUGUCUGUCCCCAGCACAAUGUCCUCUUUGACUUGCUGACUGUGGAAGAGCACAUCUGGUUCUACGCUCGUCUGAAAGGGUUGUCAGAAAAAAAGGUGGAAGAAGAGAUGCAGCAGAUGGUGAUGGAUGUCGGCCUGCCUCACAAACUCAAAGCUAGAACCAGCAAACUCUCUGGUGGCAUGCAGAGAAAGCUGUCUGUAGCCUUGGCCUUUGUGGGUGGAUCAAAGGUUGUCAUUUUGGACGAACCAACAGCUGGAGUGGAUCCCUACUCUCGCCGAGGGAUAUGGGAGCUGCUUCUGAAGUAUCGCCAAGGCCGCACCAUCAUUCUGUCCACACACCACAUGGAUGAGGCAGACAUCCUAGGGGACAGGAUUGCCAUCAUUUCCAAUGGCAAACUGUGUUGCGUUGGCUCUUCCCUGUUUCUGAAGAACCAGCUAGGAACAGGCUAUUACCUGACCCUGGUCAAGAAGGACGUGGACUCUUCUCUGAGCUCCUGCAGAAACAGCAGCAGUACGGUGUCAUACCUGAAAAAGGAUGACAGUGUCUCCCAGAGCAGCUCAGAUGCUGGGCUUGGCAGUGACCAUGAAAGUGACACCUUGACAGUAGAUGUUUCUGUUAUCUCCAACCUCAUUAUGAAGCACGUUCCUGAGGCCAGGCUGGUAGAGGAGAUUGGCCAUGAGUUAACCUACGUCUUGCCAUAUGAAGCUGCUAGAGAGGGAGCUUUUGUGGAGCUGUUCCAUGAGAUCGACGACCGUCUCUCUGACCUGGGCAUUUCAAGUUACGGCAUCUCAGAGACUACCCUGGAGGAAAUCUUUCUCAAAGUGGCUGAAGAUAAUGGAGUGGAUGCAGAGACCUCAGAUGGCACAUUACCUGCAAGAAGGAACAGGCGUGUCUUUGGAGACAGGCAGAGCUGCCUUCAUCCAUUCACGGAAGAUGAUGCUUUCGACCCUAAUGAUUCAGAUAUAGAUCCAGAAUCCAGAGAGACAGACCUGCUCAGUGGGAUGGAUGGCAAAGGGUCCUACCAGAUGAAGGGCUGGAAGCUCAUCCAGCAGCAGUUCGUAGCUCUGCUGUGGAAGCGGCUGCUCAUUGCCAGGCGCAGCAGGAAGGGUUUCUUCGCCCAGAUCGUACUGCCUGCCGUGUUUGUGUGCAUUGCUCUCAUGUUCAGCCUGAUUGUACCUCCCUUUGGGAAAUACCCCAGCCUGGAACUGCAGCCCUGGAUGUACGAUGAGCAGUAUACCUUUAUCAGCAAUGAUGCGCCAGACGAUGCAGGCACUCAGAAGCUUAUGAACACUCUUCUCAAUGAACCCGGCUUUGGGACCCGCUGUGUGGAAGGACAUUCCAUUCCAGACACUCCUUGCCUGGUCAGAGAGGUUGAAUGGACCACCUCCUCUGUCCCCGACACGGUCCUGGACAUCUUCCUGAAUGGCAACUGGACCCUGGAGAACCCCUCCCCAGCCUGCGAAUGCAGCAAUGAGAAGAUCAAGAAAAUGCUCCCUGUGUGCCCUCCUGGCGCAGGGGGGCUGCCUCCUCCACAGAGAGAACAGAACACUGGUGACAUCCUGCAGAACCUGACGGGCCGGAACAUAUCGGACUAUCUGGUGAAGACCUACGCACAGAUCAUUGGGAAAAGUUUAAGGAACAAGAUCUGGGUGAAUGAGUUCAGGUAUGGUGGGUUUUCAGUGGGUGCCAGCAGUUCCCUCCUGCUUCCUCCCAGUGAUGAAGUCAGUGAUGCCAUCAAGCAAGUGAAGAAAAUCUUAGAGGUAGCCAAGGGGAGUUCUGGAGAUCAGUUUCUUCACAGCUUAGGAAGCUUCAUGAAAGGGAUGGACACAAAAAACAAUGUGAAGGUUUGGUUCAAUAACAAAGGCUGGCAUGCCAUUGGCUCCUUCCUAAAUGUGAUCAACAAUGCCAUCCUCCGGGCCAACCUUCAGGACGGCAAGAAUCCCAGCACCUACGGGAUCACCGCAUUCAACCACCCGCUCAACCUCACCAAGCAGCAGAUCUCCGAGGUCGCCCUGAUGACCACAUCGGUGGACGUUUUAGUCUCCAUCUGCGUGAUCUUCGCCAUGUCCUUCGUCCCAGCCAGCUUUGUGGUUUUCUUGAUCCAGGAGCGGGUCAGCAAGGCCAAGCACCUGCAGUUCAUCAGUGGAGUGAAACCGGUGAUCUACUGGCUGGCUAACUUCGUCUGGGAUAUGUGCAACUACAUAGUUCCAGCUACCUUGGUCAUCAUCAUCUUCAUCUGCUUCCAACAGAAGUCCUACGUGUCCUCUUCCAACCUGCCCGCGCUGGCCCUUCUCCUCCUGCUCUAUGGGUGGUCUAUAACACCACUCAUGUACCCAGCUUCCUUUGUGUUCAAGAUCCCCAGCACAGCCUACGUGGUGCUGACCAGUGUGAAUCUCUUCAUUGGCAUAAAUGGCAGCGUGGCCACUUUCGUCCUCGAGCUCUUCACCAACAACAAGUUGAACAACAUCAAUGAAAUCCUGAAGUCUGUGUUUCUCAUCUUCCCCCACUUCUGCCUGGGGCGGGGACUGAUCGAUAUGGUGAAAAAUCAGGCCAUGGCUGAUGCUUUGGAAAGGUUUGGUGAGAACCGUUUUGUGUCCCCUCUGUCCUGGGAUCUGGUGGGACGGAACCUCUUUGCCAUGGCUGUGGAAGGGGCAGUCUUCUUCCUUAUCACAGUGCUCAUCCAGUACAGGUUCUUCAUCAAACCGAGGCCUGUCAGUGCCAAGUUGCCUUCUGUGAAUGAUGAGGAUGAGGAUGUGACGAGGGAGAGGCAGAGGAUAAUUAGUGGUGGUGGACAGAGUGACAUCCUUGAAAUCAAGGAGCUGACCAAGAUUUAUAGAAUGAAGAGGAAACCAGCUGUUGAUCGGAUCUGUGUUGGAAUCCCUCCUGGGGAGUGCUUUGGCCUCCUGGGAGUGAAUGGCGCUGGCAAGUCAUCAACUUUCAAGAUGCUAACUGGAGAUACAGAUGUGACGGGAGGAGAAGCUUAUCUGAAGGGAAACAGUAUCUUGUCUAAUAUCCAAAGAGUCCAUCAGAACAUGGGCUAUUGCCCUCAGUUUGAUGCUAUUAAUGAGCUGCUGACAGGGAGAGAACAUCUGGAGUUCUUUGCACUUUUACGAGGUGUUCCUGAGAAAGAGGUCUGCCAGGUUGGCGAAUGGGCAAUUCGUAAACUGGGCCUUAUGAAAUAUGGAGAAAAAUAUGCUGGGAACUACAGUGGCGGCAACAGACGCAAGCUCUCCACUGCUAUUGCCCUGAUUGGGAGCCCUCCAGUGGUGUUCCUGGAUGAGCCAACCACGGGAAUGGAUCCCAAGGCACGCCGUUUCUUAUGGAACUGUGCCCUGAGCAUCAUCAAGGAGGGGAGAUCAGUGGUGCUUACAUCUCACAGCAUGGAAGAAUGUGAAGCCCUGUGCACUCGAAUGGCAAUAAUGGUCAACGGGCGGUUCAGGUGUCUUGGCAGCGUCCAGCAUCUGAAGAACAGGUUUGGAGAUGGUUAUACAAUAGUAGUGCGAAUAGCUGGGGCAAACCCUAACCUGAAGCCUGUUCAGGAAUUCUUUGGGCUUGCCUUUCCUGGCAGCGUCCUGAAGGAGAAGCAUCGGAACAUGCUUCAGUACCAGCUCCCAUCCUCGCCAUCCUCUCUGGCUAGGAUAUUUAGUAUCCUCUCCCAGAACAAAAAAAGACUCCACAUAGAAGACUACUCCGUUUCUCAGACUACACUUGACCAAGUAUUUGUAAACUUUGCCAAGGACCAAAGUGAUGAUGACCACACAAAGGACAUGUCAUUGCACAAAAACCAGACUCUUGUGGACAUUGCAAUCCUUACUUCCUUUCUGCAAGAUGAGAGGGUGAAAGAAAGUUGUGUGUGAGCUACCCUAGGCAAGGACAUGGUGUUGAGCAGGACGGGACAGCACACCUUCCUUUGCAUGGAAUGGGAUAUUCCCAAAGGAGAAAGCUAGAGGAUACAGAGGGAAAGACGUAAACUGGACACUCUACUGAUAAUCAUUCAAUGCAAUGCAAUUCAAUGCAAUGAAAACAAAAUUCAGUUACAGAGGCAGUGCCUCUUGGAGUCAUUGUCUUGUACUGUUCUCAAGUGACUGACUUGAAUCUAGUUCAUUACAGUAUAACUCUGUGAAACUGUAGUAUGGAACCCAUUGGACACUGGGCUUUCAGCCAUAGUGUAUUUUGUUCUUACACCAUAUACUUUUCCUAGGGUUGCAACAAUCGUUUAUUGAGGAAUCAUGGCCAGUGAUUAUUUAUUGAUAUUUUAAAGGUGUGCACAUUCAUACUCUUAAAAAUUUUUCAUACUGGGAGUGAAAUUUCCCUGGUGCUACAUGCAUUGCCGGCAAUGAAUGCACCGAAACAGUCAGUGCCAACCAGUUACCAAAAGGCAGUGUUGUGGCCUUAUUUUGGGGGGGGGACCACUUGACCAACUAUUCUGUAGAGAUCUGUAUAGACUGGUGGAGGUCAAUUGGUAAUAAUCCUAAACCACAAAGCAUACCAUAUGUAGAUGGUACGCAGAGAUUUGAUAUCCUGUCUCAUCAUCCGCUGCAGGGGUGGCAGCGUGCACAACUGAACCUUGCAAAUCUAUGGGACUGUCCCACUACCAUUGUGACCAAUCAUCUGCUCCCUAACUAGCCUUUAUGUAGUUAAGUACUUUGCUGCUCCUCUAGAGUUACCACAGUAGUGCCACUUGGAAGGCUGCACAAGGACUGAGUAGAGAGCAGUGGAUGAGAAGCAAAACUAGUGAUCAGCCUAGAGCAGCACUAAUGCUGCUAAUGCCAAGAGUAAAUUAUAAAACAAAAGACAGUCACUCUGCUAUGUAGUGUCCAUUCUUGAAAUCCCGUUUGGCAGCAGAAAGGUAACCAGCACCUGAAAUUCGCUAUUGCUUAGCUCAAAUGUGGUGUCAUUUCUGGCUUUGUCACUUAAACUGAAAACCUGAAGAGAGAUAAAUAAUACUAUUAAAAAAAAUUGACAUGUCCUUAAAAAAGCAGCAUAGUUAAGGUAUGGAAAUGCUUCAAUUAGAUCUCUAGCCAUAGUGUAAUUUAUUACAUUAUGUCAGCAUUGUCAUGCUCUGUUUUCAGUGAUAACUUUGUUAUAGGCAUGUAACAUGGUCUGUGCAAAUCCCAGAUUGUGUGUUCUCACAAGUACCACUAGCCCUGGCUUCAGCUACAUUUUGCCUGAAACUCUCCUACAUGGAAAUUGAGAUAUGGUUAGAUUAAUGUGCUGUAGUUUCAGUUAUUAGGUGAAUCUAACCACGGAAUAUACUUUUGUUCGUGUGGGAAACCACCUCAUUCAAGUUCCCCUUGGGAACGACUAGGCGCAUAAGCCCCAACACCACAGUGACAGCAAUCCGUAAUCUAAAGUUCAAAACUUUACAAAAAAAAUGUUUAUCAUGGUGAGAAUUACUGACACCCUCCCUUGGCUGGCUGUGCUAUGGGAGCACAUCUGUACUAAUGGGUUCCUUGAGCACCCCAGCUGUGCUUCAACCCUUAGAGCCAGCCUCAGCUCUAAGCACAUGAGCAGCCCCGCUGCCAUCAACAGGGCAACUCGUACUUUAUGGCCCAUGCUGAACCUGGGCCUCAAAGUGAUUUAUUACCUCUUGAUACUCCUCCAUCAUGACUUGAUUUUUUUCAGUAAAUGCCCUGAAGUCCUACACUAAUAAAUAUGGAAAGUGCCAUGAACUAAUCACUUAACAGCAUUAGGCAAUGUGAUGAUUAUUUAUAUACUUCCAAGCAUCUUGCCAUUGAUAAAUUCAGCAUUUUAUUAAAUGAAACACUGUGCAAAGAGUUAUGUCCUCACUGUAUUUCUGCACUGGGAUAAAGCAAACUAAUCUACAGCUCUGCUUAAGUGCCUUUUACAUACUGUAUUCAUAAUUUAAUUCACAGAAUACUGUUGUAGAGGGGAAAGGACAGAAGAAGGGGCUAGUAUACCUCAUUUCUUACAGCAUAAUCUGUAUUGUACUUACAAGAACUCAGACUUCUACAGUAUCCUCACCAAAUGAUUAACAGUAUACAUUAUAUUUUCAGGAGCAGAGCUGUUAUAAAUAUUGGGCCCAAUCCUGCAUCUGUAACUCAUGAUACCAAGGGCUGCAGGAUCAGGGCUAUGAUAUGAUUUUCAGAGUCAAUGAACAACUGAACAUUUAAUACCUCUGAAAACCAACACCGCCACAAGUGGCAUUAAUUCACAAUCUCAACAGAAGGACUACAGCUAUAGACUCAAUCUUGCAAUGCACAGUGGGGUAUGCAAGUUUUGAGCCCACUGCAGUGGGGUUUAUUUUAAACCCAUACAGAUGGUUGCACAUUUUUGAUGUAUGAUUUCAUUUGCAAUGGGUAGACCAUAUAUUCACAAUGUGCUCAUUUCUCCUAACCCUGCCAAGAAGAAAGCCUUGAAGAGUCCUAAUGCAUAAUCUGGCUUCUAUGAUAAAAAGAAAAGUUAUACUAGAUGUUGAAGGUUUCACACCUCUUCAGUCCCUGGAGAUGUCUGACUCUUGUACAUUUUUUUAAUCUGUAUGGAAUCCAGCCUGUGCCAUACAGUUCUCACAUACUGCACUCUCACCCGCUGAAAUGAUUUCCAACUACUUCUUUCUGCCCUUGGAGCUGGAUGUCAGGCAAAAUUAUCCAGGUGCCACACGUGUUAUAAUUGUGAACCACUCUGAUAAUAGAACUGCAUUUAGGGCAUUUAUGUAUUUGAAACAAUGUUACCACUUACUGUAUGCUAUUAAAUUGUUGCAACCCUUUUUGUAGUAUAUUUGUAUUUCAGUAAGGACUAUACAUGUUAUUUUUCCCAAGAUAAAGUGCUUCUCCCCUUCCUCAUCCCCUCUCCCUCCCCGCCUCAAAAAAAUACAGUUGGUCCUUCAUUCCAAGCACUUUAUGCUAUCUGUCAUGGGAUCUAUUUUUGCAUUGGAAUAUCUUAACUUUGCAAAAUCUAGAGAUUUCACAACAAAACUUUUAAGUUAAAUCUUUCAGUGGACAUUUUCAUUAAAAAUAAAUAUAUAUAUUUGUAUUUGCUAAUAAUUAUUUGUGGAAUAUUAGGCAUUUUAAUUGCCUUGUAUUGAGUUCAAAAAUAAAGUUGUAACAGCACUGUUCAUCUACAAAAAUUUGCUGUUAUACAUUUACUGUUUAGAGCAGUGCUAUUAAUCUGUGACACGCUUAUGUUUGGUUUGUGAUGUGAACUUCCACACAUUAAGUGGAAAAUUGUUUUACACCUUUCCCAUGAACUGACUGUUUUAGUCCUUUAAUGCAAACAAUAUUAAUGUAAGUUUUACUUCUGCAGUCUACUAUGGUAAAGGUUAAAUCUCAGUGUCCUGUGCCAUGAAACACGUGGUUAUUAAAACUUAGUCCAGGUUAAGGUCAGAGAUAUUCAAAACUGAUACUAGCAGUGUAAUAAAUCAGAUUCAAGUUCAAAGACCUAAUCUAGCACUUUGAUUUUUUUUUUUAGAUAGGAAAAACUGAUCUCUGAAGAAGUCAGACUCCACUGAGUCUGACAUUGGUCCUACCAUCCUGAGGCUAGUGCAUGUGUCCUCUGUAAUACAGUGUACAGCUAAGGGGGCUAUUAUAGUUAACAACUUCAAUCAGAGCCUAUCUACAGUGCAUACAUUUGUCUUUACAAAUGUAAAGUUGCAUCCCAUGGGCAAUAUUUUCCCCAUUUACAUUUGCUUUUAUUUUAAAACUAGGCUUUAGUUUUAAAAUACACUGAAUAUCUCAACUUGUAUAUAAAAUAACUGAAUUAACAUCUUGGGGCAAUGCUUUGUAAACUAGACCAAGAUUUGAUUUUUAGUCCCAGACAGAUGAGCAAUGUGCAUCUACACACUCAGUGACUCCUUCCAGCAAGAUUACUGGCUCUAAAGGAACAAUUAUCUAGGCUGGAACCAUGUAGAACCUUCAGAAUGCUGCAUUUAUAGAAGUGUUACAGUCUCUUGAUAGAAAGAACAGGAAGAGUUUUAGGCAAGUAAUAUGGCUAUAUACAACAUGCAGAACAACAAUCAAUGUUUUUAUUAGGCUUUAAGCCUUACAGUCUGGCAAAGCUUUCUCCAAAAGUAUAGGCAUAUGUACUUCAGUGGACUAGUUUAUCUGAUACACAAUCCAAAAACUCUCAGAAUUAAUUAGUUCAUUCAUAAUCAGUUUCAGCACAAUAAACAAGUAUUUGCAUGGAGACGUGAUCCAUGUAAUUUACUGUUCAGUCAUAAUUGAAUAAAGGGCUGUGGACCCACAACAGAAAGAAUUUAAGUGAAUUGCAAUACAGUAGUUCAAGUGAAAACGGUUCUGCUGAUACUUAAGCUGAGUUCCCUAUAUCACCACUUAACCAAUUUUACUGCAACAUUUCUCAUACCUAAUUCCAACCUCAUUAAAAAUAAUAAAUACAAGCAGACGCAUGGUCAGCAUGCAAACCCUAGGUUAGGAUUCCUGCUUUUUUGGGCAAGUAGUAACUGGGAAGAUGUGACCUCAGGAAGCAGGAAAGUACAUUAUACAGAUAACAGCUCUCUGAUCAUCCUUGCACUGGGACAGCUGUGAGCUUUGGAAAGGGCCUUUUGCCUUUUUGUACCCAUUCUAGAAUACUUCUGCAUGGAUGCAUCUUCAAGUGG